CGCACCCCUGCUCUGGACCCUGCAGCGAGCGAGCCUUGCUUGUCCUCACCCUCCUCCCUCACCCCGCUCCCUCCAGCGCACCACAGCCUCCGUCUCCACCUCACCUCAGUCUAGCCUCCUCUCCUCACCUCACUCCCUUUGUAGCGUAGCAGCGGCCCGCGUCACGCGAUCCUGCUCGUAUACGGCGCCGGUGGCUAGACCUCUUGUCCCCGCCCAUCUCGCAACUGCAGCAAAAGGCGACCGACCCCUCCGUCCCUUUCUCCCUCUCAUCCCGUUCGGUGUAGCCGAGGUAGCAAGCGGGGGAGCGGGAGAGAGCAUGGGGAGGCCGCCGUGCUGCGACAAGGAGGGCGUCAAGAAGGGCCCCUGGACGCCGGAGGAGGACCUCGUGCUCGUCUCCUACGUCCAGGAGCACGGCCCCGGCAACUGGCGCGCCGUCCCCACCAGGACCGGCCUGAUGCGGUGUAGCAAGAGCUGCCGGCUCCGGUGGACCAACUACCUGCGCCCGGGGAUCAAGCGCGGCAACUUCACCGACCAGGAGGAGAAGCUCAUCGUCCACCUCCAGGCGCUGCUCGGCAACAGGUGGGCCGCGAUCGCCUCCUACCUCCCCGAGCGCACCGACAACGACAUCAAGAACUACUGGAACACGCACCUCAAGCGCAAGCUGCAGGCGGGGGGCGACGCGGCGGCCAAGCCGGCGGCCCAGAGGCCCGCCUCCUCCUCCAAGGGCCAGUGGGAGAGGCGGCUGCAGACGGACAUCAACAUGGCGCGCCGCGCGCUGCGCGAGGCGCUGACCACGCUCGACGACAUCAAGCCGCAGCAGCCCGACGCGGCCGACGGCGUCAAUGGGCCUGCCGCAGCCGGCGCCGACAGCGGCAGCCCGGCGGCCUCGAGCUCGUCGGCCGCGUCGCUGUCCCAGUGCUCGCCCUCCGCGGCCGGUCCGUACGUGCUCACCACCGCGAACAUCUCGCGGAUGCUCGACGGGUGGGCCAGCAAGGGCCGCAGCGCCGUCCCCGCGGCCGACAGCCCCUCCGGCUCGUCGGCGUCGGAGGUUUCCUACGGCAGCGGCGCGGCCGCCCGUGCGCUGGGGUCCGCGUUCGAGUACGACAGGAAGCCGGCCGUUCUGGCGCCGGAUCAGACGCAGCUGAACGCGAUCGAGACGUGGCUCUUCGCCGACGACAACAUCAACAACGACCACCAUGGCCACGGAGGCGGCGGCAGCGGCCUGCUCGGCGUCCCCGCCACCCUGGGCUACCCUUUCUAGCUAGCUCCACCGUGCCAAGUUAUCAAGGUCGAUGUUCCCCUAGCUCGCGUUAGUGAUGUGAGGAGUGUGCUCACUGCAUGCCCACCUAACGAAAACUACAUAGAUCCUCUAGUAGUAGUACCUCGGUGGCUAUGGCAAUCAGCUUCCUUGGUCUCCUGUGUUACUUAGGAUCUGCAUAGUUUUCAUUUAGGGAAAAGAAGGGAGGUUGUGGUAGCUAGCGCUCCUGUUAUUUACUGCUGUAACUGUGACUUGGUACUAUGUUCAUGGGUUUUGGGUUCUGUACUUUGAAGUAGAUCCGCUGUUUGCAAGCUGCAAAAUGUGGACGAAUAAAGUCAGUGUGUCAAUUAGUACAUGUCAUGUAACCACUAUGCCAAAUACUGGUACCUGUCAUAUAUCUAUCACUAAUUAAGUAAGUUGAUUAAUCUUUGGAGUAUGUCAA